UCGAUCCAUCGAUCCUCCCUGUCCUUCGCGAGACUAAAAAAAUAUAGGUCAGAUAUUGAUGCCGUUCGCACAGAAUCUCGCGUUAUCUCGGAAAUCUCUGUGAGUACCGUUUGUUCUAUGAACACUCCCGCUGACAAUCUGUCGCCUAACAGGAUUAUCAAUGAUCAAAGCACACACAUUUCGUCAACUGCUCCUCAUGAUGUUAUCGUUGCUAGUUGUAAACUAAUUUCUCGGUUAAUUUAUGUAGCGGAUUAUGCGAGUUACUGUUCUUGCGAGAGAUCAAGCGGACAUAACGACUCCACAACGUCAUAUUUACGCACAGCAGAUCGCAUUUUACGCACGGUGCUCUUAGUGCGAGGAUCGUAGAUUCGCGUUGUGGACGAAAGGAAGCGAUGGAGAACAUCCUGACGACCAGCAGCCCGCUCAAUGAAACGGACAUCUUCAAUCGCUCAUCAUUCGGAUGGCUCGAUUACACGUUCUUCUGUUUGGUGCUGCUCAGCAGCCUUGCCAUUGGCGUGUACUACGGCUUAUUCACCAAGCAGGACACCACGAUCGAAUACUUGCUCGCUGGCAGACGGAUGAAGAACUUUCCCAUCGCGAUGAGCAUUGCUAUGAGUAAUUUCUCGACAGUCACCAUGAUCGGUAUACCAACGGAGGUCUUCUUACAGGGUACACAAUACAGCUCUUUCAUAUACAUGUCGAUUAUCUCGGUUAUAAUUAUCAUUCACAUCUUCUUGCCGGUGUUUUACAAUCUGCAACUGACCAGCUUGUUCGAGUACCUGGAGCUCAGGUUCAACAAGUCAAUCAGGAUCCUCUCCUCUCUGCUAUUCACUCUCUCGCUCUUCUUGUAUGUACCCAUCGUUAUCUACGGGCCCGCCCUCGUUUUCGCGCAAGUCACCAAUCUGGACAUACACAUAAUAAUAUUAGUGAUCUCCAUCUCGUGCAUCGUGUAUACGACCAUCGGUGGUUUAAAAGCAGUAGUGUUCUCCGACACUUUACAAUUUAUGAUUUGCCUGAUUGGACUUUUUGCUAUCAUCGAGAUGGGAUUGGAAACUAUUGGCGGCGUUAAAGAAGUAUGGAGAAUUGCUGACGAAGGCGGCCGUCUGAUUUUUUUCAAUAUGAAUCCAAGUCCAUUGGAGAGGAACUCCUUUUGGGCCACAACUUUCGGUAUAACGGCAACAUGGUUAUGUCACAUCGGCAUUCAUCCAGGAAUGGUGCAGCGCUAUUUGGCGGUACCCACAGAAAAGGACGCUAAAUUAAAUAUAGUAAUCAGCUCGCUAGCGAUAGUCACCAUCCAAUUGAUCGCUAUAUUUGUCGGAUUAGUCAUAUUCGCCAUGUAUCACAAUUGCGACCCCAUGCUGACAAAGGCAAUAAAAUACCCCGAUCAGAUCCUGUCGUAUUACGUAAUGGACGUCGCUGGGCAUCUGUCUGGACUUCCAGGAUUAUUCGUAGCAGCUUUGUUGAGCUCCGGGCUUGCGGUUUUGAGCACCAAUUUAAACACCAUAUCCGGUACGAUAUUCGAAGAUUUUAUACGCCCGUACCUGUCGAACAACAUGAAGAAGGAGCAUAUUAUCCUCAAUAUAAUGAAGGGGAUCAGCGUGAUAUGCGGUGUGCUCGCGGUGAGCCUGGUAUUAUUGGUGGAGAAGCUGGGCACUAUCUUCCAGAUAGGUAUCAGCAUGCGCUCUGUGACCGACGGGCCCUUAUUGGGCUUCUUCGUUCUGGGCACGAUGGUGCCUUGGGCGAACGCAAAGGGUGCGAUGGUGGGCGGCUGUUUCAGUCUGGUCUUCAUGUUGUGGUUGGUGGGAGGUGCCGAAUGGUAUACGAUAAAUGGCAGACUCAAGCAACCUUCACUGCCUACGUCGAUGGACGGUUGCCCGUACCCGCUGAACAAGACUAUGUCGAUAGCAACGACGAUGAAUCCCGUCGAAACGGACCCCGACGAGCCUAUGGUGCUGUUUCAGAUCUCUUUCCUGUAUUUUGCUUUGAUAGGAGCCACAAUCGUCGUUGUGAUCGGCACCGUUGCGAGUUACUUCUUCGGUAUGAACUUGAAGGCUGUGAAUCCUGAUCAUAUAUCGCCGAUAAUGAGGAGGUUUCUCCCUCCACAGAGGUACACGGAGGUCUCAUUGAGAGAAACGCCGUUGUCCGACACGUCGGAGCAGCGAUCGCUUUAGUCGCUGACGGGCGAGCCAGUGGGAUCGACCUUAGGAAGCGCCCCAGGAUCAGGACGACCACCCCAAUCGAAGCGAGCGAGGAGGAGAGAGACACGGAGACGGAAGAAGGGCGAAAAGGAAGGAAAAACCUGGAGAAGCAGAGUCGCUCUGCGAUACUUCAGAGUCAUCUAAGAGAUAUCAGCCGCGACAAAAGAGUAUCCCUUAUUGAUUAAUAGACGCAUGCGCCGAUUACCACGCUGCACACCCGCCGGAUCCCGCGGUUGUCCUCGAUCUCUCUCAGUAUCCCAGUUCCCAGCGUCCGUCACGAGGCAUCGACCGCGGGAGUGCCUCGCCUGGCUCCUGCGCUGAAGAAAGCCUGCCUCGAAGAGCGUCCCUCGACCGCACCCCCUGGCGAGUGGAGUCUCCGUCUGGUCGUCCAGAGGUUGUUUCCUCAGCGGACUUUCAACGAAUUAUCCUGACCGAGGAACCUGGAGAUCGCAGGAGGGAAAGGGGACGUUGCAGGAAGGGCGACUCGAAAGAAAGUAUAAUGCCAAGAGGAGCUCGUUCACGCGCGUCCUGAGGUGAAGACCGUCGGGCAGCAUGUGGCGACCUGGACGAGGCCAGCAAGCGUAGAACUGCGGUUUGCGUCCCUGAAGAUGCUCGUCAGGGUCGCUCAGGGCUGGGGGCGCGUUCUCGGAGGCGAGACGGCCGCGCCUAUACGUGGGGCGAGCGUUCUCGCGGCGAGUGUCGGAUGUCCUCGGUGUGAGCUCGCGACGUUCAACAAGUACGGCCGGCGCGGUCGCCGCUCAAUCGCGGCGUCUCCACGGAGUCCGGCUGCCUCGCCACGUGCGCACACCAGCGCUCCGAAGUGGCGGCUCGUCCGUUGAGCACGUAGCGUGCGCGACCGAGUGUCAAGUGCCGCGGUGCCGGAGACUCGGUCGAUGCGGGACGCUCUCAGGCCCGCGGCACUAGGUCGUCAUCGUCGUCGUGAGAGAACAGUGAAACCCCCAAGUGUCAGCGGCAUGAGACCCGAAGAGGAAGUCGACGUCUCUCCGGAGGAGACGAGAACCGAGCGGACCUGGUCGAGCGGUGAUGAAUCGAUUGGCCGCCAAGAGACGGCAAGCUUUCGGGUCAUCGUCUGCGGGAGUCUCGUCGGGAACUCUACUGCCGGUACCUGAAGAACGCAGAUCCCGACGGAGCGCGCGCUGCUGGACGGUCGUCCGCGGGGCAGAGGUAAAUGAAGCGCGAGAACUCGCCCGGUCGUCGUCGUCCGGGUAGACCCAGCCCAGAGGAAGGCGAGCACGGCCGGAGGAGGCCCAGGUGGUCUUCGUCGUUGCUUGAUCGGCCGACGGGCGGCGACACGGCUGGCAUGUCGAGGCACCGCAGCCGUGCAUCCCGUGCCUCGCCUUUAAUAAUAGAUAAAAAACGUAGGCGCCCGUGCCGGAAAAAGAACAGAAACCGAGAGGGCAUUCGGGGAGGGAGCCUCGGCCGGUGUUGAGGAGCGACCUCGGGCCGCCGGAGCCGCGUAGUCGUCGUGCUCUCCGGGAUCCUCGAUUGCAGUCGCGCGGCGACGGAGCGAGGCGCCUUCGCCGACGAUGAAGAGUGCGGAGUGCCUAGUGCCAAGGAGGAGGACCGAACUUCGACCUUGAGGACGUUACUGAGCACCGGGGGAGUUUCCAGUUUCUCAUCGCCGGCGUCAGAGUUUUUCGCCGCUGAUUGACUCGCGGCUUCUUCCUCCGCUGCUGCCGCUUCCUCUUCUUCUUCGCGCAUCGCGGGGUGCAAGUCGCGUCGGUGGACGGUCGCUCAGUGCCGAGUAAUCGCGGUAAUAAUAUCCGGCGAUGGCCGGCUCUUCCGUUCCGAUCGGCUGAGAAAGUUAUAUCCCGCUUGGGUCUCUCUCUCUCUCUCUCUCUCUCUCUCUCUC